UGUGUUGAGACGGGAUGAUUGAAGAAAAGGUAGCCAUAGGUAGCAAAAGAACGGCUGGCUGCUGGUUUCUCUCCCAACUCCUAAUUCUCCCCAACAACAACUGGAGUUGAGGUUGGCUGGUUGUGGUUCGGUUGGUUCAUAGUUGGUUCAGUUAUGCCACGACCAACGUGAUGUUAAGAACAAAUUUAGUUUUUAAAAUUCCGGUAAAGUAGUCUUAAAUACUCUAAAUACUACAAUUUUAAAUUUAUCAGUGAGAGUUUAUAUUUAAAUCAAACUUUGUGGAUUCAAUGAAUGAAAAGGAGACCAAAAAUUAUUGUGUAUUAACUAAAAUCUUUAAUUUCUUUUGAGUUUUUUUAAAAAGGUUAUCAAAAAUACAAUGUUAAUUUCUCACCGAAAAAUGAUUCCAUCCAAUUUCUAUUUAAUUUUCUUUAACUUCCUCCUCAUCAAAUCCUCCUUUUCUUCACCAUCAUCAUCACCAUCAGAAGAAGACUUAUUAGAUGAAUACGUUAACCACGUGGGACGAGUGAACAGUGUUCGUAAACCUACAAAGAACGAAAACAAAGUUAUUUUUAAUUUCGGUGCUAACAGAAAACUGAAAAGUGUAGUUGAUAGCGCGUUAAUCGAAGAGGAACAAUGGACCCAUUCCGAAUUUUUAGACGCCGAGCGAAAAGUGCUAUUGAGGUGGCAACCCCGGCAUCAAGAAAUUUUAUUUCGCAUCGAAGCCAAAACUUUAGGAUAUGUAGGAAUUGGAUUUAGCCCAAACGGCGGUAUGGAACAAGCCGAUAUCGUUAUUGGAUGGGUUGAUAAGUAUGGAAAGGCCGUGUUAUUGGAUUGUCACGGUGUUCCAAAAUCCCAAGGAAGCGCCCCAGUAAAAGACGAACACGACAAUUACACUUUAAUGAAAGGCAUCGAAAACGGCACCCACACAAUUCUCGAGUUUCGCCGAGCUUUGGAUACUUGCGAUCCAGACGAUUAUGCAUUAAGUUCCGAUACGGUUCGUGCAAUUUGGGCUUUACACGAUAAAGAUCCGCACGCCGAUUUCGAAAUGAUUUAUCACGGCGAGAAGCGAGGUUCGCAAAGUUUACAUUUAUUCGGGCCACCUCCGAUCGUACAGAACGAAAAUCCCGAUUUUUUACGGACUUGGGAUGUGACGUUGAAGGAUUUUACGAUUAACGAUAGUAUGGAUACGGUGUAUUGGUGCAAGAUAUUUAAGGCGCCCACUUUGCAAUUGAAGCAUCACAUCAUCGGAUAUGAGCCGGUUAUUGGGACGAAUCAUACCGGGUUUGUUCAUCAUAUGCUUUUGCACGAAUGCGAGGUCGAUUUGAAUCAAUUACAAAAACGCAUGGAGUGGGAUAGUUUUUCGAAAGAAAAGGGGAGGAGGUGUUAUACUCCGGAAAUGCCAUUGGAGUGGGAAAAAUGUACUACGCCUAUUGUUGCUUGGGCUAUUGGGUCUAAAGGUGAAAACUUCCCACCUCACGUUGGGCUCCCUUUGGACAACGCGAAAACGAAAUAUUACAUGUUAGAAGUUCAUUUCGAUAAUCCCCGAAUGCGUCGUGCGCAAGAUACCUCUGGAAUCGCUCUUAAAUACACCGGGAAGCUGCGUAAUCACGAUGGUGGUGUCAUGGCAACAGGGAUUUCAAUCUCGGAAUUUCACAUUGUCCCCCCACGACAAAAAGAAUAUAAAUCUGUCGGAUUCUGCACGGCAGAUUGUACGAAAGAGGUUUUUCCGCGGGAUGGCGUCAACGUCGUUUCGGUGUUGUUACAUUCGCAUUUGGCGGGAAGGAGGUUGAAAUUGCGACAUUUGAGGGGUGGGAAGGAGUUGAUCCCUUUGGCUGAGGAUGAUCACUACGAUUUUAAUUACCAACAAUCUCGCCAAUUAUCGCACGAAAUCAAAAUUUUACCAGGUGAUUCAUUAAUAACGGAGUGUAGUUACAAAACGAGUGAUAGGAAAUCGCCUACUUUCGGGGGGUAUUCCACGCAAGAAGAGAUGUGCUUAGCCUUUAUUUUGUAUUACCCCAAAACGGAGUUAGCGGGGUGUUUCUCAAUGCCUCCGAUUAAAUAUUUUUUUGAAACUUUGGGUGUUAAGGAAUUCUAUAACACUUCAUGGAACGAGUUGCAAGAAGAAAUUCUUCACGCAGAAACUGUUGAAACUAGCUCGGUUUCGCCUAAAAAAGAUCGCCCUUUAUUCACAUAUCAACCGGGGGAUGAAUAUUCCGCGGAAGCCCAUCAAAGAGCUGUCGAAGCAAUUUUGAAAGCGGAUCCUUACUUAAUAGAAACAGACCCAGAGCAGCAACAAUCUCCUUUCGGGAGAUUGAUUAUAAAGGAACCGUUCGAGUUUCAAAACAAGAGCUUUCUAGCUCAUUUGCAGGAUAUACCGUACGAGGAAGCUUUGAUAACGAAAAAAAUUGAGGAGUACUUCCACAAAGGGCUACACUUGACGUUUUGUAGGAAAAGGGAUGGAUCUUUAGCGAUUAAAGAAAAUGUAGAAAGAUUCCCGAAUUUUACCGAAUACAAUUUGAGUAAACAAUCCCAAUGUAGUUAUAGAUCGCGAGUUUCGAGGAAUAAUAAAAAUUCGGGGGUGGGAAUUUGCGUUCGUGAUGAUGAGAUGUUUUUGAAUUUAACUCGGGUUUUUCUCGCUUCUUUUGUGUUUUGGAUAAAUACGACUUUUUAAAAACUGUAUCGAAUCGAAGAAAAAGAAGUUUGCUUGUAAAUAGUCCAUUUCUUACCAAAAAAUAUCUUAAAAAAAUAAAAACGAGUACUUAUACAAAAAAAUGAUGCGAAAAUUUAGUUUUAAGAUAUUUUAGGUUAAAUUUACGUUUAAAAAAUGCUGUGAAAUAGAUUUAUAAUUAAUUUAUUCUUCAAUACACCAAUUUAAAAUUGGAAAAAA